AUGGCCGCCGAGAAGGAGCUGUGCGAGCGUGUGUGCAAGAAGCAGGCGUGCGCCAUUCAGUUCUGUCUGCAGCGUCACAAUUACCAGGAGAACAAGUGCGCGGAGGUUAUCAAGCGGUAUUACGACUGUUGCAACGCUGCCAAGGAAGCAGAGCAGAAGAAUUGA